GAGUCAAUUUGUGGAGUCGAAGUUUACAUUUUGGUUAAUUGUUCACUGGUUUCCUCAUUUUCCCCUUACCCACCAUCUCCUCAACCAACGCCGGCGAAUCCCCAUAAUCGGAAAUGGCUGUACCAGUAGCCCGCUUUCCCAUCGUGCUUGCGAUCCGUCUGAUGGGCUUCAUCGCUGCCGCCCUAGUAAUCUCUUGGGCUAUGCACUUCCGCGGCGGCAUGUCUCUCAUCUCCGAUAACAAGGAUCUCAUCUUUAACGUGCAUCCUGUAUUAAUGGUGAUUGGUUUUGUGCUCCUAAAUGGUGAAGCCAUUUUAGCUUACCGGACGGUGUCAGGCACGAAGAACUUCAAAAAGGCGGUGCAUCUUACAAUUCAAUUUUUUGCCUUGCUUUUGGGCUUGAUUGGUAUAUGGGCUGCUCUUAAGUUUCACAAUGAUAAAGGAAUCGACAACUUCUACAGCCUUCAUUCCUGGUUGGGACUGGCAUGUUUCUUCUUAUUUGGAAUUCAGUGGAUAGCUGGAUUUGCCACCUUCUGGUAUCCAGGUGGCUCGAAAAACAAGAGAAGUUUCUUGCUUCCAUGGCAUGUCUUCUUUGGCCUGUAUGUCUAUGCACUUGCUCUUGCUACAGUUUGUACUGGUAUUCUUGAGAAGGCCACAUUUCUCCAGAUGAAUAACGUGAUUUCUCGGUAUUCAUCUGAGGCUUUUCUGGUGAAUUCCCUUGGGAUCUUGCUGAUGCUUCUUGGUGGCACUGUUGUUCUUGCGGUUAUUGCACCUGCAAAUGUGAAGAGUGAUGGCCCGAGAGGUGCUAUGGAGUAGGUAAGAGCUGAGCUGACAUGCGAAAAUUGAUGCUGGGCUAUUGUUUGUUUCAUGUUACAGAAUAUGCGGGUCUUGGUGACAAAUUUUAUGUAUGAGGUCAAUUGGUUUUUUUUUUUACAAAUAGAAAUUAAUAGAUUUUGAAAAUUAAAUUGAGAAAACAUGUAGAAAGUAAGAGAUUUUAUGUAGUAUGAUGGAGUUUUUCUUUUUAAUUAUUCUAAUUAACUUUUUAGUAUAUUCCUGACA